GCUCCAGGCUCAGUCUCUCCAUCCCUUCCAGCGAGCAGCUGAUGCAGCUGUACAGCGCCCGGCAGCGCCGGCGCCUCACCCGGGGCCUGCGCAGCAAGCAGCACUCCCUGCUGAAGCGCCUGCGCAAGGCCAAGAAGGAGGCGCCGCCCAUGGAGAAGCCAGAGGUGGUGAAGACCCACUUGCGGGACAUGAUCAUCCUCCCCGAGAUGGUGGGCAGCAUGGUCGGCGUGUACAACGGCAAGACCUUCAACCAGGUGGAGAUCAAGCCCGAAAUGAUCGGUCACUACCUGGGGGAGUUCUCCAUCACCUACAAGCCGGUGAAGCACGGCCGGCCUGGCAUCGGGGCCACCCACUCCUCCCGGUUCAUCCCACUGAAGUAACGAAGCGCCGCAGGGAGCCUUUGCCGCCUGUAAAUAAACAAACUUUCUCCCA